AUGCAUCCUGUAGGACCUCUAGCACUAGUCUUUGUUGGCUCAAUCAUCUGUUUCGCGGUAGCGGCGGAUACUUUCAACACCAGUAAUUCGAAUGUUGCCUGGGCGAUUGCAUGUGGGGUUAUCAGCACGAUGGUAACCGGGGUGAUUCUCUUCCUACACUUUAUGAAGAAAGACAUCAUGAUGAGUCUUGGGAUAUAUGGUGCCAUUUUCUUGGUGUUGUGGUGGGCUGCCGGUGUUGCCUUUACAACUGGCGCUGGAGGCCCUUACACUGGCCUGGGUAAUGGGUACUUCGGAGUCUGGAUUGCAUUCGGCGCAUCUAUCUACUACUUCUUCCUGAUCACUGCAUAUAAGAUCAAGAAGGUCAGCUCGUUUUUCAGCGGUCUUGCGGUAUGCUGUGCUGCAUCCCUGAUUGAAUUCUCCGUCGCAUCAGACGUCUGCGUCCGUAGUAAUAAUUGCGCAAACAGGUUAGGUUGGGCCGUAGCUGUUGGGGUGAUUUCAUUCGUUGUUUGUGCAAUUGGCCUGUACCUACACCAUGCCAUGUCAUCACAAAUGGAGGAGAGAUUUGGCAUGAUUUUGGGCGGCUUUUUGACUGUCUGGUGGGCUUUUGGAGCUGGCUUCAACACCUCUGUUGGCGGACCCUUCCCUGGCGCCGGCAAUGGAUAUUUUGCAACAUGGACUGCAUUCAUGGCAGCUAUGUACUACUUUAUUAUGAUGACUCCUUUCGUACGCACAGCCAUAGAGAAGGCCGUCGAGGAGGAAUUUGCUCAGAAGGAAUGGAAUAACAAAAGUCAACCCGAAGUGCAGGUCACCGGUACAAGCGUACCAAAGGAUAUUGAGAUCGGCACGCUAUCAGGGCAAGAGCAAGACAUGCACACAAGCCAUAACAGUUCAAGAAACAGUUCACACAUGAGCUCACACGCCAGCUCACAGCACGGUUCAGCCGUCAGUGGCACUGCGAACGGCGAACAAUAGUGAACAUUUACAGAGGAACUGCUCUAUUUAUGUUCGCAAUACGGGACGCUACAGUCUGUGAGUUUAGCCUCUGAACAACUAUGUAAGAUAAGAAAUAAAUCUGCACAUACAAUCAAAUGAGCGAGUACAAUCAAUUUCCGAUAGGUG